CCGUUGCUGGCCGAGGAGGGGCACCAGCAGGCGCUCCCUCCCGGUGGCAUGCCGACGCCGCCCACCACACGCGCUGCCGGCGCGUGCUGCGGCGUGCUUGGCUGGGCGUGCGGCGGGGGCGGGCGCCUCCCCACGACGCCGGGCGGCACGAGGUUGAUCGGUGUCGCCGUAGCCACGUGUUGCGGCGCAAGGCCGAGCGGUCUCAUCUCAGCUCCGAAGAAGGCCCCGCCGGCGGGGGGCAUGCCGCGGCCGACGUACCCUCCUCCAUAGGCCGGGGGAUGGCCGACGGGUGGCGGGGGAGCAGCACUCAUCGGGGCGUGCGGGAACGGCGCGGCGAAGCUGUCGGACGGCCGCGGCAUCCCCGCCCCCGGCGCACCACCGAGACAGCUCCGGUACCCACCGGACGCGGGCGGGUGGCCUCGCCGCGCUGGGCUGAGGCUGGGGGGAGGCGCGCCACGCGGCGCCUCCGCAAACGGAACGCCUUGCGCCGACGGGGGUGCGCCUCUGAGGGUCCCUGCCAGCGGCGCCGCGCGUGGCGUGGCGGCGCCCGCGCUGCCGCGAGGGCCCUCCCCGCCCCCAACUCUCACGCCCUCCCCGGCUGCCACCACACAAGGGCCCGGUGCGAAUCGCGGGCCCGGCGCUCCGUUUGGAGCGGCGGCCGGCUGCGGCGGUGGCGCGGCGGCCGAGCUGCUGCCGCUCUCUUUGCGCUGCUCGCUCUGGAUGAACUUUGCCUGGUGUACACCCGCCGGCGGGGUG